AUGUCACACAUUAGCUCCCUCCUCACUAGACCGUCCACCCUCGGUCUCGUCGCUGUAGGCGGCAGCGCCGCUUUCUACCUCGGCAUGAAGUCGAAGACGAUAAUGGCUCAACAGGCCCAAAGGGAUAGUGGAGAAGAUCAAAGCAGGGCAAGAGGACCGGCGGUCCAGGAGAAGAAUUAUGGGGUCAAAGCUGGCAGGGAAGGUGGAGGGGUUUGA